AUGACUUUAAUUAAAUGUAUUCAAUCAUUUGGUAAUAUUACAUAUAAUAGUAAUGGUAGAAAUUCAAGUACUAGCAAAUCUGAUAUUUGCACUGACUCAUCAGCCAAAGGAAAUGAAGAUAAAAAUAAGAGUUGUUAUGUAAUUACCGAUUCACAAACCCCACAUUGUUCAAUUCCUGCAAACGACUGUAUUUCUUGUGGAACUGGUUUUACUCCAAAUCAUAAUUUUCACAUAAUAAAUAAUAACAAACAAAAAUUAAUAAAUUGUUUAAAAAACUAUAGCAAAAAAUCAUUUUAUUUAACUAUUAAAGAGAAGAUAAUAAAGUAUUUAGAAAUAAUUAAAAAAGAUAAAGCGUUUUAUUAUAAAUUAAAAGAAAUUAAUGAAAUAAUUUUAGAACCAAAGUUAUUAUUUUCAACAGACCAGAAUGACAGAGUAUCUUUUUUCGAUGACCCAGCAGAGAGCCAUGAAUUAUUUGAACCAUAUAAAUUUAGAAUUCAAAAAUUCAUCGAUUUUAAAGAAGAUUUAGAUAAAAAUAAACAUGUAUAUUUAAUCAAUCUAUUCGAACAAUUAAUAAAAGGUUACAAAGAAGAAAUGCAAUGUUUUAUUCAAAAUGCAAUUAUCAAUAAACUAUCAAAAAAGAGAAUGAACAUGUACAAUAAUGAUGUAUAUUUGGUCAGUGAAGAUUUAGAGUUCAAAGAAAUUAGUUUAAACAUCGCUUAUGAACUCUCUUGUUACCAUCAAACUGAAUUAGAUUAUGUCAGAACGAAUCCAACUGGUAAUAGUAUAGGAAAGAAAAUAGGUGAAUGCUAUGUUAAAGUAGACAGUGGUGAUACUUUAUUAGCUCCAGCAAAUGAAGAUGCCGUAUAUAAAUUGUGUUGUAGUUUAUUUGGUACCGACCAGGAAAUAGUUAUGCCUACCGGGUUAUUGAUUUUAAGUAAAGUUCCAAUUUUACCAGCAAAUUUAAGGGACUCUCCUCAAAGAAAGAAAAUGGCCGAAAUUAAAAAAGAUCAAGGUUAUCAAUCAAAUAAAGAGGUGUUUAUCUUUGAUCCACAGUUGAAGCAGGAAGUUAAAGAUGCCAUGAAAGAAGUAAGAACUUUAUCAAUUCAAGCAAGUUUAUAUAAAAAUGGACCUACUCUUUUUAAGUUUUUAGAGGGUAUUCAAAAUAGCCCAGAUUACGAAACCAAACUAUUAUCAACAAUAGAUUUAUAUAACUAUAGUUGCCAUAUCUUUUCAAGCCUUCUGUUAUUACAUGAAGACUACAAAGCAGAUAAUUUAAUUGUUGAUUUGGAAACUGGCAAAAUUGUUGGAAUAGAUAAUGACCAUUGCUUAGAAAACGACGAGAUGAAAAAAGAAAAGAAUUCAAAUGGCUAUUUAAUAACAAUAAGAAAUAUUUUAUAUCUAUUAGAGCCAUUAAUGAAUAAGCCUGUAAAUAAAAAAGCAAGAGAUCAAUUCAUCAGCAAGCAACCACAUCAUCUUAUAUUGGAUUGGUUACUACACUUAUUUAAACAAGAAAAUAUGUACACCCAGCUAAUAGAAAUGUCAUUGUUUACAAAUGGCUUAGAGUUUCCAAACGAGCAAACUAUAGAACAAACUUGCCAAAGUUUAAGGUUACCAAUCAAGUUUCAAAAAGGAUUUAUAGAUUCACUAUUGAAAAGGUUUAUCAAAAUUAAAAAUCUUUUAACAAAUAACCCAAAUAUAACCCAUCAACAGCUUUUUAAAGAAAUUCACCCAUUUGCAUCAGUUUAUUAUGAAGCUGUCAAAAAAUGUUACAAUACUCCACUAACCCAAAUUGCAUCAAUGUACCCACAUUGUUUCGAUGAAAAGGUUCAGCAAUACCUCAAAGAUAAUUCAAUAGUUUAUAAAGAUUUUUUUUCCAAUCUAUCAAAGCACCAAUUCAUUCAGUCUGAACGAUCCAUUUCAAUUUUGGACUCAAUUUAUGAUUUUAUAUAUAACAUAGAUGUAUGUUUAGAUUUGCUAGAGUCUUUAAAUGAAACAGCCUUUUCAGCAAUUGUCAAAAUUAUAACUUAUUUAUAUAAAGAUUUUUCAAUAGAAUUGCAAUUAAAUAAUUCCUGGGUCCUAUAUAUUCAAAAAACCUUGAAGAUUUUAAUGACACAAAAUGAAACAGAAAAGACAAUCAAGGCUUUAAUUUCAAUACUAAGAAUUAAAAAUCUUGACCAAAAUGUAUUGGGGGAGGAAAGUUCAAUCAUCAAUAUUGUUUUGACUCUACCAAUUAGUUUUGAAAAUAAAAUAAAAUAUAUAAAACUUCUUGCUAGUUUUGGUUCAAGUUUAAAUAUAGUCGAAAGGUCGAAUUCAUGUUUAGAUUUAGCUGUCACAUGUAGUCAAAAUAAAAAUGAUUCAAUCAAUCUUUUUAGAACUUUAAUAGAAUUGGGAGCAGGCAAAUUUUGCAAAGAUCAAAUAAUACUCGAUUUUUAUGGUUCAUUAACAAGAGAAGACAAAUUAGACCUUAUGGAAACAAUAGAAACUCUUUUAAAAGUCAAUCGAAAGAUUGUUUGGUUAUUAUCAUUAAACCAUUUAUUUCCAUUACUUUUAUCUGGUAGUUAUGUUGACCCAAAUAGAAUAUUACGUACAACAACUAAAGGAGAUAGAAUUAUAAACAAUGAUCAAUGGGAUCAAAUAUUUGAUUCAAAUAAUAUCCCAAUAAAAAAGAAUGAAUAUGGAACAAGAUCGGUGCCGUUUAUUGAAGACUGUGGCCAUAGAAUUUAUUUAAAGUUGGAACCUCAAUUUCCUGGGUCAGAAUUAGCAGUUUUUACAUUGGGUCAAAGAUUGUUCGGAUAUUGCUCCCCAUUUUCAGAGUUAUCAUUUGUUAAUGGUAUGGUUGUUUUAUUAAGUCAAGAGAUCAAGGGUGAUGUCCUCAUUGAUUUUAUUAAAAAAGAUUCAAAAAAACUUUCUUUAAUUAAUCCAAAAAGUAUUUCAAGGUUAUUGGUAUUAGAAAUUUUAAUCAACAAUGGUGAUGGUAAUCUGGCAAACUACAUAGUUCCAAAUAGUGAUGAAGAGAUUGGUUCUUAUGAUAUUUAUUCAAUUGAUAAUGAAUUAGCAUUCAUGCCACCAUUUGCUCAAGAAAUUAAAAAGGGUAGAAUUUUUCCAAAUAUAUAUUUAUCAUUACAGGUACAAACAAGUUUAUUGCUCUUUGAACAAAUGUUUAAUUUUAUAAAUCAAGACGUUGUAAAGGAAUUAUUAAAGAAGGAUUUGAUUUUUGAAUUAAAAGAAUGGGUUAAAGAUUUAUUGGUUUAUCACGAUAAAUGGACCAUUUUUUUUUCAAAUAAAUAUAUUAUCGAAAAUAGAAAAAAUAGUGAUUCAUCUAUUAUUGGAAUACAUUUUGUUCCAGGUCAAUUAAAGAACUUAUAUUCAAAGUUAGUUCGACUUCAAAAAUUGAUAGCAAAGCCAAUUACCCACUUCAAAUUAUUAGAAUCAUUGGAGCCGAUGGUUGCAAAAAGAUAUAAAGAAAUUUUUAAACAAUCACCAGAAUGUUAUUCAGUUUAUAUAAGGUCUCAAAUAUUAAAGAAUUCAAAAGAAGAAAGUUGUUUAACAUCUUCAUCUUUUUUAACAGAGCAUGUAUUAGAGUCAAGAGAUGUUCCAAAUGCAGAAAGAAUCAGACAAGAGUUAAAAAAUGGAAGAUACGGUCCAGAACAAGCAUUAUAUGAAAUUGUAGAAAUAGAAGGUCAGUUUUCAAGUUUUAAUGAAAUUUAUGAAAUAUUACAAAAAUUUGAUGGUAAUCCUAAGCAACAAAAGAACAACCCAUAUAUUGGAUAUAUUAGUGAUGCAAAAUUAGAGUUGGCUUUAAAAGAAUCAAAUCUCGAAAAAUUAACAAGUUUACAAGAACAACAUUUGUUUAAAUUAUUAGAAGGCAAACAAUUGCUCAAAAUAAUUUUAAGAAGCAGCAAAGAGUUAUCAAAUAAAUAUUUAAACGCUUUAAGCUUCAAUAAUGUAACAAUUUUAAACUUUUCAAAUUCUCAAAAUUUAGAAUCAAUUUCAAAAGGUAAAAUUAUAAAGUCGCAAAUCGAAAUGCCACUUUUAAAGAAGCUAAAGCUAAAUAAUUGCCCAAAGCUUACAGAACUAAUGAUAGUUUCAAAUAGCCUGACUCAUAUUUUUGCAAUCAAUUGUAGAUUUAAAAUAUUUAGGGUAGAUUCACAGGAAUUAAACACAAUUUUUUUAUCAAAUGAAUCAAUUCAAAGUAUCGAUAUUUUAUCACAUUUAUCCACCUUUAAAAAACUAAUAUUUUUGGAUUUAAGUAAAAAUCAAUUAUUAAAUAAUAUAAAUUUAGAAGCCUAUAAUAUUUGUUCAAAAAAAAUUAUUAUCGAUAAUAGAAAAAUCCUGAUUAAAUCACAACUUUCUGCAUCUUUACCAUUUUAUUACUCUUCCUCAUCCUCUACUACAAAAUUAAACAAUUCAUCACUCUCAUCAUCUUCAUCUUCAAUUUCAGCUUCAUCCUCGCCACAAUCACCAUUAUCAUCAUCUCUAUCAUCGUUUUCAUCUUUAUCAUCUUUAUCAUCUAGUAAUUCCUCUGAAGAAAUCGAAUCUAUUAAUAUUUUAUCGUGUGGGAGUUAUUUAAAAAAUGCAUGUUUAAUUGGAAAAAUAUUAUGUAAUAAAGAAUUAAUUAAUAAUAGAAAACCAAUUGGGACAAGUGGUGGAGGUAUUACUAUUGAUGACAAAUUUUUCUUAUAUUGCUUUAUUGACGAAAAUCAAAUAAAAACAACAGAGUUUGAGAUCAAUGCAAAGGCAAUCAUACUUUUUUUCGAUCCCAGCCUAGAUGAAGAAAAAGAUAUCGAUCAAAUUAAAUCAAGUGUUUCUCUAUUAAAGAAAUAUUAUAAACUUUCAAUGAACGUUUAUGGCUUAAGUAUACCCUAUGUUUUAUUUGGUGCCUCAAAAGAUAACAAAAACAAAGUUAUUCCCAAAUUAAUCCAAAAUUUUUAUAAAAUGAACCCAAAUAUAAAGUUAAUAUAUAAUAUUGGUGUCAACUCAAAAGAAAAAGAAUUGAUAUUAAGAAAAGAACUAUAUGAUUAUCUCGAUCACUAUUUGUAAAUAAAAG